ACCAGUGUUCGCAUUGGACGAAGAAAAUCGAAUUUAAAAUCGAAAUUGAGUUCGACCUUCGGAAUCAAACAUGGCAUAACCCGUGUUCAACGCAAUAAUUUAUUUUCUUAUAAUGAGAUAAGCAGAAUUAAACAUUUAAUGUCUAUUUUUCGCUGUAAAAAAAAUUUAAAAUAACGUAACAACGAGAUGGCGAACGGUGUUAAUUUUACAUUAAACAACCUGUUGACAUCGUACAAGAAUUGGGUUGUAGCGAAUCCGCAAUUAUUGACAGAUAUCGAGGCUACUGUCAGAUGUUUGUCGUAUUUCAGUUUUGGACAAUUGCGCAAUUCGACUUUGGCCGUGGAAUUGAUUUAUUCCAUGCCAAAUCUGAUAGUGCUUUGCAACGAUUUGCUUAUGUACAGCAGCAAACGCCAGCACUUAAAAAUACCUCAGUUUGACUCGAAGAUUAAAAUUUGGUUAACUGUAGUGGAGUACACUGAGACCUUUCUCGAGGUGUCAGCUAAGAAGUUAUGGGGGCCAAAAGGAAAAUGGCUAAUAAUCGUAAUUAUACAAUUAUUUAAGUCUAUAUUGCGACUGCUAUUAAUUUAUGUAUAUAAGGAACGAGUAACGAAAAGCCCAGCAACACCGCCUCUUAACAGAGAGAAAUUCAAUAAAAUCGACAAUGUGCAAUUGAAGGAAGGCUUUAUGCUGAAAAGAUCAGGCACUGUUGUUAGAAGUGUAAAGUAUUCGACUCCUAUAGAAUUACGAACGUGGAAAGCUUUGCCUUCUGUCACAGAUGAGAACGAGAAUCUAACUAAAAACCAGGAAUCUAACAGGAAUCUUAAGUUAGCUGAGAGUCUUUAUGUGACAAAGCCAUUGCUUCAUCUAGGAUGUAUGUACAUUACUAAUCAAAACCAUUGGCCACCGUGGAUAUUAUCACUUAUUAUCGAUAUAGCCAGUUUAAAUGUCUUCAAUCGUUGCGCUCAAAAAGCAUUAUUAAGUAAGGAGGAGGAAGAAGAGCUCGUGCGUCGAAGAUUGAGUUUACUGUUAUACAUUUUAAGAUCGCCGUUUUAUGACAAGCACAGCCGUAAUAAGAUAGAUGCACUGCUUGAUACAAUAUCUAAUUCCGUGCCUCUUGCCAAGUAUUUGACAAGUGCCGUUAAAAAGAAUUUACCAUAUAUGCAAAACGAAUGUGGCUGCCUUGUUGGAACAAUUUGUCCCGAAGGCACUGUUGGUGGCAUUGAUAUCAGAGUAGUGACUCCGGACACAAAUUGUCCUACUGGACGUGUAUAUUGCUGUAUAAUCGAUGAUGACGACGAUGACGACGAUGACGACGAUGACAGUAUUCCUUGUGGUGUUCGAAGAAUAAAUUCGCAAUCGACAUCAGGAUUUGCCGCUUACGGUGCAUAUCCUUGGAUGGUAGCCAUUUUAGACAUCCAAGGUAAUUAUGUCGGAGGAGGAGUGCUUAUCAAUCCAACACGUGUUCUUACCGCCGCUCAUAAGGUGGUAGGGUAUGAUAAUGGUGAGAUUAUAGCGAGAUUAGGUGAGUGGAGUUUUGCAACAGAAAAUGAGCCGACUGCAGAUAUCGUCGUCUCAAAAAUUUCCAUAAUGCCUGCUUUUAAUUCGCAAAAUCUCCAGAACGAUAUAGCAGUGCUUAGACUAAAUUCGCCUGCUCCUAUUGCAAGUAAUGGUAACAUUAAUACGGCAUGUUUGAGUUCUACAUCAGUUUCACCGGGAACAAAGUGUUGGACGACAGGCUGGGGGCAAAAUGCCUUUAAUAACGGACGGUUGCAAAGUAAGCUAAAAGAGGUAGAUUUGUCUGUAGUGGAAAAGAAGAAUUGCCAAGCGCUCCUUCAACAGACCAGACUAGGAGUAAACUUUAAUCUGCACAACAGUUUCAUGUGCGCUGGAGGGGAAAAGGACAAAGACGCAUGCAUUGGCGAUGGUGGUUCACCAUUAGUGUGUCCAACAAGUACCGGUCAGUAUCAAGUUGUUGGACUGGUGUCAUGGGGAAUAGGUUGUGCAGAUGCAGGAGUUCCUGGUGUAUACACUGAUGUAUCCUAUUUCUAUAACUGGAUUAUACAACAAUGACGCAACUCCUGAAAAUAU